CGACGGCGGGGAGCUGAAGUGGGGGCAAAGAAGAGGCGGCGGCGGCGGCGACUGGAAAGACGGUCUGGUAGGAGUUGCAGUUAGUCGAGACAAGAGGAGGAGGAGGCUGAAACGGCGGCGGCGGCGGCGGCAGGGCAAGUUUCAAGAAACCAACUGCUAAGUGCAUGAGAAGAUGGUUAGAUCACGGUCAAGGUCGCCAAGAUGGAAACGAAGGUCUUUAUCACCUGCCUUCAGGAGUCCGGAACAUAACAGACAAAGGCACAAUCACAUAAACUAUGACUGUGAUUACAAGGGUUUUCGGAGAGACAUGAAGAAGCCCAUGCCUUGGAGAAUGGAAGAUGGGAAACAUGGACAAGUCAAUUCUAGAUACACACCACAUGAAAUUAACCACCACCGACUUUAUGAACGUAGGUCACAUUCACCAACUCUGAAACGAAUUCCUUCAGAAGAUGUACAUAGUCAUAAAUCUUGCAGAAUACAUUCACCAGAAAGGAAUGAAAAUAUCAGAAGAUGCCAGUUUCCUUCUAGAUAUUCAGAAACAUUUCGCAAAGAAUAUAAUCACUCUUUUUAUCCUACCAAAAUACAUGAGAGAGAGAUACAUGAAGACACCAGAGUUUUUGAGAAAACGAAAGGGAUGAAGACAUUUCAUAGGCCCUUAGGGACUUCAUGUAAAUUUGAAAGGAAAUGGAAUGAAAAUGACUUGAGGCACCAGCAGUUACAAGAAGACAAGUAUACUCAGUCACCUCGAAGAUUUUCUGAUGAGUUUAUGCCAAGGAGCGCUUUACAGAAGAGGUAUCCUGACGAUCGUGAAUACAGAGAAUAUGGGCACACAUCUAAAAGGGCUAGAGAAAUGGAGAGAUAUGAUGAUAGAGAAAUAGCAAGCAAUUCCAAGUGGAAACAAGACCAUUCUUCUAUGCCCAACCAAGACAAGGGAGAACAAAGAAAUCAUGGUCUUCAGAACCAUCGGCCUGUUGAAAAAGAGUACAGUGACAGUUGUCAAGCAAAGAUACCAUACAACUAUAGUCAGAAACGUCAUAGACAUCCAGAUGGAGGGAAAUACAUUUCUGAUGACAGAACAGAAAAAUAUAUGAAGUCAGAAGACAGGAAAUAUAAUUAUCCCAAAGGAGCAUGGAAUAGCAAAUAUUCAGAUUACUAUAGCAGUGAGAGAGUGAGCCAUGCAGAAGCGCCUCACACUGAAGUAUCAAGUAAAUAUAUUUCGGGGAAGGGCUACAAUUCAUGUGCUAAAACAUUCAAAAGUGAUGCCAGUCUACUACCCUCUGAUCAAAAAGAAAAGGAAAAAAUAAAGAAAGAAGGAGAUCUUAGGGGACAAAUAGAUUUUCCCAGUAGUCACCAGCAUGACACGCAACACAAAAUUGCAGAUGUGAAAUUUUCAGAUGUUCAUACUAAGAAGCAAAGACUCACAGUCAAAGUGGAUAUGAAGAAAACAAUAAAUAAGUACAGGAGUUCUUCUAGCCAUAUCACAGAGAGGCAAACAUCAUGUGACCUGGUAGCUGUGGGUAGAAAAACGGAAAACUUCCAUCCAGUAUUUCAGCAUAUAAAAUCUGUGUCACAGAAGUUAGAACAUAACCCAUCAAAAGAAUUUGCUCAGGAAAUCAUCACAAUUAUCCAUCAAGUAAAAGCAAAUUACUUUAAAUCUUCUGACCUAACCUUACAUGAACGCUUCUCAAAAAUACAAGAUAAGCCAGUUUUAAAUGAAGUUAAAACACAUUCAGAUCCAGAAAUUCACAGGAGAAUCGAUAUAUCUUUGGCAGAACUUCAAAACAAAAGAGCUGUUCCAUAUGAACCUGAACAGAGUGUUGUGAGAGUACUAGAAGAUCCAAAUGACUUAAGACAUGACAUAGAGAGGAGGAGAAAAGAGAGGCUACAGAAUGAAGAUGAGAACACAUUUUACAUUGACGGUGUACCACGAAGGUGGUUAUCAAGAGAAAAACCUGAAUUUUGCCACCAGCUCUCUAGGCAGUUGCCACAUUUUCUCCAAGGCCGUGGGAAUAUUUGACCUCUGUACAAGUUUGGUAUUUAUUUAUUUAUAUUCCACUCUUCCUCCAAGGAGCCCAGAACAGUGUAUAUAGUUAAGUUUCUCCUCACAACAACCCUGUGAGCUGGAUGCUGUCUACUUUUGAUCCAUUGAUCUAUCUAUCUGGCUUUCAAGUGGCAUAUGGCACUUAGAAGCCAAUUGCUGGUUUAUUUCACAGUUUCUGCCUCUCAGAUGGUUGACUCUUAUUCUAAGAUUAUCUUUAUGGGCUUUUCCAGGAAAGUGUCUCUUCAUUCCUAGCAGAGAGUUCCUUGUGGAUGUUCUGCAUAGAUGUAUUCUUUCCUCUCACUUCUGUGCAUUCUGUAUGUGAGACUGCUAGGCAUUAUCACAGUUUGUAGUGUGGAAAUAGGCUUGUUAUGAGAAGCCAUCAAUUUGUUGAUUAUAUGGGCACCCACUGCUGUUCCUUAGUGCUUAUUAAGUGACUGAUAGUCUCUUAUCAGUUGCCAGUCAUUUGGAGUUGGAAACUUGAAAUUUUGCUGGAGUCGUAGUCAUACUUGGAACUCCAUUUUGUAGCUCCAUUUGAUGAGAAGGCUGGACUACUCUCUUUCUUAUUUUUAGAAAAAUAGAAUGAUAUGAAUGUGGCAGGUUCACAAAGAGGCCACAUAACAAAGCAUUCUCAGUGGCUGUUUUACUAUUAGUUCAUCCCCCUCACAAAUACAAUGAGGAACAGUCCAAGUUGAGCACUUUAAGAGUUCUACUGGCUUUUAGUAGCCAGCAUUAUUUUGAUUGCUGUUUCACAGUCUACUUUUGUUUUAGAAAUAUUUUUUUUCCUGGAAUGUCUCAUUUUUAUGUUUUUGAUACCUUUGUGUGAACCCCUACAGACAUUUUAACAAGCUGUAAGAAUUAAAGUGAGCCACCUUAAGUGGCGCAGUGGGGAAAUGCUUGACUGACUAGCUUAGUCAAGGUUGCCGGUUCGAAUCCCUGCUGGUACUAUAUUGGGCAGCAGCAAUAUAGUAAGAUGCUGAAAGGCAUAAUCUCAUAUUGUGCGGGAGGAGGCAAUGAAAAACCCCUCCUGUAUUCUACCAAAGAAACCCACAGGGCUCUGUGGGCGCCAGGAGUCGAAAUCGACUUGAUGGCACACUUUAACAUUAAGAAUUAAAGUGUGUCUGUGUGCUAUGCUUCCUGUUGCAGCACUGGCAUUGUUGGGCAGCUGUGAGGACUCUGGGCUAUUAGGAAGGCCCACUGCUGAUCCCUGACCACCUGUGCGAAGAGCCCAUAGACUUUGUGUGGUAGCCGCAAUGGAGUAAUUUGCACAGCUGAGAGCUGCUUCAUCAUCACCACUUCUCCCUUGUCUAUCCCAUCCAUAGUUUGGAUCUUGCAGUGGUGCAGAAACCUGAGGAAAAGCUCCCAUUUGCAGAUGGAGUGAAUGGGAGACGGCAAUGGACCAUGACCCAUUGCUCUGCAUUUAGCCCUGUAGGCAUGGGGAGGGGAUGGCAAGGAGAUGUAAGAGGAGAGAAAGACAUGGAGGAAGAGCUUUGCUGCUGCCUCUGCCUAUUUAAAUAAGAAUUACUUAAAUUUUAUUCCUUUAACAUAUUUGUAUGUUAAACUCACAUCUCUGGGUGGUUUACAAUAAAACAGAAUUAAAACAUUAAUGCAUUAAAAUAAUUUAACACAAGGUUAAAACUAUUCAAAAACUAUAAAUCUAAUUAAAAGCCUGGGUGUUUUAAAAACAUUCUCAGAGGUGGGGAGGCUCUUAUUUCAACAGGUAGUGCAUUCCAAAGCCUCGGGGCAGCAACGGAGAGGGCCCAUCACAGUGGUAACUGUAGAGAAGCUCUCCAGAUGAUCUUAAAUGGCAGUGGGGAUCAUGGCAGUCAAGACUUUCUUUUAAAUUGUCCCUAUGGCACUGGGGUGGCAGGAGAGGGGGAUCCAUCCUCAAUAGUAUCAAGUUAUUCUCCCUACCAACUUUGGAGGAACCACUCUGAAGAAACAGUGCAGAGCCUUUCUGGAGCACAGUGAGUGCUCCAAACUCGAAGGGCUCUGGCAGAACAGUACCCAUGCAGGGGAUUAGCUGGACUUUGAAACCAAACAGGUGCAUUCCACAUCCACUCGCAUAGGAGAGGUUCCCCUCAAGGCUGGAACUGGCCAUUCCUUGAAGUUUAGAUUUAAAGCAGAAUGUAUCUCACUGUUCUUUCAGACAGUUCAUAUGAACUCUGUAAAACUGAAGCAUUGAAACCUUAAUAGAAGCAGUAUGCAGGAAGAAAAUGAUUUCUUCUUAGAUAUUUGCAUAAAUGACUCUUAUGGCUUCGGUAAUCCACAUUUGUCAAUCAUGCAGUAGUUCUUAAUCUUAAGAUAAGGAAUUUGGCAAGGUAAGGAUGCCCUGCAUAUUUGAUAGCAGAUAAGGAAAGAAAUUGUUUCUGUGGGACUCUAGUUUCAAAAUUGUUUGGUGUGAGAGAAACCGGUCUACUCAGAUUUAAAAUGUUUUGCUAAAUGUGAAAGAAAAAAGUAGAUGGAUUAUUUUUAUUAUUGGAUUAUUUUUAGGUUUCUUUCCAGCCAAAUUAUGAAAGAUUAAUGGAAACAUACAUUAACAUAUAUUUUGCAUUUUAGUGAUUUCUAUUUCUUUUUUGUUUGCUUAAGCCUAGGUUUCAGUACUCAAGAGUAGAUUGACUAAUCAGUGCAUUGUUGCUUUUAAAUAUAUUGGCUUAGUUAAGUUUUUCAAGAUAUUGGUUUUCAUAAUUUUAAAACACCUGUGCCCUUUUAAAAUUAAUUCCUUUUAAGUUUCACAGCUUUUAAUAUUGUGU